GCAUGCUCCGUGCUCCCAUUAAGAGCAGCGUCUGCCCGAGCGAGCCGGAGACAAGCAUCCCGUCCUCCCCGCCACCUCAGCGGCUGCAGCGCCAUGUCCAAACCCAAGUUCCAGACGGAGUGGGAGGAAAUCGACGAGGAGCACCAGCAACUACAGGAAAGUCACAAAAUAUACAGACAAAAACUUGAGGAGCUCACCAAUCUACAGACAACGUGCAGCAACGCCAUCAGUAAACAGAGAAAAUGCCUAAAGGACUUAAGGUACAGCUUGAGCAAAUGUGUGAAAACGUGUGACGAGAAAGAUCUGAAGUUGAUCACGGACAUCAAAACACAGAUCAAAGAUAAAGAAAAUGUCUUUUUUGAUAUGGAAGCAUAUUUGCCUAAGAGGAACGGACUGUACCUGAAUUUGGUCCUGGGCAAUGUGAACGUAACACUUCUCAGCAACCAGGCAAAAUUUGCCUACAAAGACGAGUACGAGAAGUUCAAGCUUUACAUGACAAUAAUCCUGAUGUUUGGAGCCAUAACCUGCCUCUUCUUCCUCAACUGUCGUGUCACUGAUGAAAUCUUCAACUUUCUGCUGGUGUGGUACUACUGCACAUUGACCAUAAGAGAAAGCAUCCUCAUGAGCAAUGGCUCCAGAAUCAAAGGUUGGUGGGUGUCUCACCAUUAUGUGUCCACCUUUCUGUCUGGUGUAAUGCUGACCUGGCCAGAGGGGCCCAUGUAUCAGAUGUUCAGAAGCCAGUUUCUUGCGUUCUCUAUAUAUCAGAGCUUUGUUCAGUUCCUCCAGUAUUACUACCAGAGCGGCUGCUUAUACCGGCUGCGAGCUCUGGGAGAGCGGAAUCAGCUGGACCUCACAGUGGAGGGAUUCCAGUCCUGGAUGUGGAGAGGCCUCACUUUUCUUUUGCCAUUCCUCUUUUUUGGCCACUUUUGGCAGCUGUACAACUCAGUGACCCUGUUUCGCUUGGCAGGACAUGAAGACUGUAAAGAGUGGCAGGUAUUUAUGUUGGCAUUGACAUUUCUCGUCCUGUUCCUGGGAAAUUUUCUUACUACAGUAAAAGUUGUCCACCAGAAAAUCCAGAAAAACCAGGAGAAGGUGCAAAAAAAUGACUGAGACAUAAACUCAACAAGACACCUCAAAUUCUUCCACACGGCCAGUAACUUUGAAGCAACAGGCACAGAUUGCUUGUGAGACUGACCCCAGUACGAUCGGGCCGGGAGAAGGCAAAGCGGAAACAGCAGCGUCUCUCAGGCUUUGAUUCCGCCGCCGGCAUCUCGCUGGAGUAUCUGGAGAUCAGGCUUUUUGCUUUCUAAUGACUCGUUGUUUGUCUCGCUGCUCAGUCGGUCUCAACACAAAGCGUUGUUCACCUGUUUAAGGAUGAGCAGUUUUGUUGCUUUAUCUUGUACAUAACAAGUGAGUGGAAAGAAUGUGUUGUAUUUGAGUGUUGUCAGUGUAUGAAUCUGUCUGAGUCUUUGUUUAAAUCAUAUGCAACUGAAGGAGGGCAGGUAGCAUCAAUAUACAGAUGGGCGACAAAUUAAAGGAAAAGCAAAUGAGCCAACAGAACAGCUUCAGUGUGCCUCGGCACUGAUUCUACAAGUUUCUGAACGUGACUACGGUUUAAAAACCCAUUCAUCAAAAAUAUGUAUUCCCUCUAGGUGUUUUGAUGAUAGUGGUCAUCAUGAUAGCUGUCAGAUCUGUGAAGGCCACAGCUUGUGAUUCACAUCAUUUUCAUGCUCGUCAAACCAUUGCUCUCUCUGGAUCAGGGCAUCGUUCUGUUUCAUUUCCCUUUUUCCGGGUUUUUCCUCUAAUUUAUCACCCGUCUGUGAUUUGCCUUUUAAGGACCUAACGUCUGUUA